GUGAAGGUGACUUGUGUGUUCUCAGUCGAAGUCUUCUUUGGAGAGCGAGUCGGUACAAUUAAUUCCACGCAUGAUGUAAUGGAGCGGAGAAAGUUAGAGCAUCAUGGAAUGGAAGAAAUUGUGUGCAUCAGUUGGCUUACAAAUUUGUGAUUUGGCAUAGCGUAGCAUGCACCUCCACCUUCGCCCUGUUCUUCUGAUUGUGGCGGCUAGGAGUAGGUAGGGAGGGAGGGAGAUCAAACUGCGCGCCAUGGGUUUCCCUUUACGCUUCUUAUCAUCACUGUCGUUGUGCCUCUUGGCCCUCCUCCUCCACCGGGCCACGGUGACAAGUGGGUGUUUCAGCUUGGAGAGGGAGGCACUGUUGGACUUCAAAGCCGGCAUCCACGACACCUAUAACCGGCUAUCUUCUUGGGUAGGCCAAGACUGCUGCGCAUGGGAGGGGGUCAUCUGUGGUGCCACCACUGGCCACGUCGUCAGGCUCGACCUCCGGAAUACGUUUAAUCGGGCAUUACGCGGUGAGAGGAUGAACUCGUCAUUGCUUGCUUUAUCUCAUUUGAAGCACUUGGAUCUUAGCGUCAAUGAUUUCAGGAGAAUCCGCAUACCGGAAUUCAUCGGCUCCUUCAAGAAAUUGAGAUACCUCAAUCUAUCUUCUACAUAUUUCAUGGGAGGAAUACCUGCUCGGCUGGGGAACCUUUCGAGCCUCUACGUUCUUGAUCUAAGCGAUGCUUUAGAUUUUACAUCCCUAGACAACCUCGACUGGCUCUCCCAUCUUACCUCCCUGAAGAACCUGGACUUGAGCUGGUUGAAGCUAACCGGUGCCCCAGAUUGGUUCUCAUCCGUGAACAUGCUGCCAUCCCUCCAAGUGUUAAGUAUGUCUUACGUUGGUCUCGAUACCAUCCCAGCUUCUGUUGUCCAUGUCAACUUCACCUCCUCUCUUACCGUCCUUGAUCUCUCCUUCAAUAAUUUCAACUCCAUCUUACCCAAAUGGUUGGGGAAUAUUAGUAGUCUUACCCAUCUUGAUCUCCAUUACUCUGGGUUCUAUGGCGUUAUUCCCGAUACAAUUGGAGACUUGGGCUCUCUUACUUUUCUUGAUCUAGGAGGCAAUCAACUCGAGGGUAUCGUACCGAAAUCCAUGGUUGAUCUCCGUAGACUGAAAGAAUUACAUAUGCCGAGCAACCAAUUGACAGGAAAUUUGGGUGGUUGGCUGGAGCAAAUGACGAAUCUCAUCAUUUUGGAUCUCCGAUCUAAUUUAUUCAACGGUUCCAUGCCUUCCUCCUUUGGUAAGUUCUCUAAUCUCACCGAAUUGAAUCUCGCUGGAAAUUCUGUUGGAGGUGUCCUUUCAGAAGUUCAUUUUGAGAAUCUUACAAGAUUGCGACUGUUGGACUUGUAUGGCAACUCCAUCACCAUAUCAAUUGGGCAGAGUUGGGUCCCCCCUUUCCAACUCAGAUAUGUAGAUUUAACCAAAUGUCAGUUGGGACCUCAAUUUCCAGAAUGGUUGCAGUUUCAAACACAGAUCCAAGAAUUACAUUUGGCAGACUGUAAAAUUGCAGGGACAAUGCCCGCUUGGUUUGGGAAUAUUUCAUCUUCUACCAUCACAUAUUUAGACCUUUCCAACAACCAAAUAGGAGGGAAGCUGUCAUCUUCUUUCAAGUUCACCAAGUUAGAAACAUUAUCUUUGGACUCCAACAGAUUUGAAGGUCCAUUGCCAACGAUGCUACCGUCUACACUUCAAACUCUAUACCUCUCCGAUAAUUCCUUUACAGGGCAAUUGCCGAUAUGGCCCCAUGUUCAAUCAGUGGCACUCUCGGAUAAUAUGCUUGAUGGUGGCUUAUCUUCAUCAAUCUGCCAAUGGACAUAUCUUAAAUUUCUUGACCUUUCGAACAACAAAUUAUUUGGUGAGAUACCAAAAGGAAUUGGAGACCUUAUAGGACUCAAUAACUUAAAUUUGUCAAGAAAUCAUUUACAAGGAAAAAUUCCUUGGGAGAUAGGAGGAAUGGAAUCAUUAGAAUCCCUUGAUCUAUCGAUAAAUGAUCUUUCUGGUAGCAUUCCUGAGAGCUUAUUGACUUUAUAUUCCUUGAGCUACUUGAAUUUAUCAUAUAAUAAUCUUUCGGGAAUGAUACCAACUGGUUAUCAACUCCAAACACUCAAUGAUCCAUCCAUUUACAUGGGCAAUGCCGACUUAUGUGGACCACAAAUUUUCAAAAAUUGUUUUAUGCAAGAGUACAAAAAGGAGAUUUCCGAGUGGUUAUGGUUCUAUAUUAGCAUGAUACUAGGAUUUGUGAUGGGAUUUUGGAUAUUUUGUGGUAUUCUCUUCCUCAAAGACGCAUGGAGGCAUGCUUAUUUCCAUAUCAUUGAUGAUAUGUAUGAUUGGGUUUGGGUGCAAUGGCAAUUAAUUCUUCGACGAUUGUUGAGACGUUAAUCCUAAACUUCUAGUGUGGAUGAUCCCGAGCUUCACGGUAGCUGAGGAAAAUAUGCCUGCGAGUAUAUUGAAUUUGGUUAUGUAUCAAGACAACAAAUUAUAUUGUUUAUGGUUCAA